UAUUGGGCGCACGAAGCGAUUGCCACCACAUAUAUCGAGAAAGACAAAACUGAUACAAUUAUUGAUAAAAUAUCAAAGGAAUAUAUAAAUUUUGACUCUUAUUGGUUAUAUCGGGAAUAUAUAUUAACUAAAGCACAGUUAACUUCUUAUGACUUCUGGACCGCUUUAGACCAAUACUCAGUUAUUGCUUUGAAGGACAUUACAAUUGAAUAUACAACUGAAGCGGCCAACACACUUGGCACAUUCGGCAAUCAUAAUUAUAUUAAUAAUAAUACGAGAAAGAAUAUCAAACAACAUGGAAAAGACGCAAUUUACCAAAUUAAGGUCGAUUCACCCAAAGACAAUGACGUGUGCUUUGAGCUCAAAUAUUUAUUAAUUAAAUCAAAAAUUACUCCGGCAACUAUUGAUAUUCAUUAUAAUGUGGAUCCCACUGAGUUCGCUGCAGAGAAAAAUAAAAUAUUUACAUUUACGCCCAUGGUCAAACUGACCGCCACUGACAAAGACAUCGAGACAUAUGCUUUUUGUUUGCGAGAUGUGUUGGCUCUGAGCGCCGAGAAUUUGCUCAUUUCAUUCGUGGCCAACACUGGCGGUGCUGACGGUGACGAUACUCUAGCAAUCAGAAAGCCUGUGACUGAAAUCCCGACCAUAGCUCAUCUGAUGGGACCAUGGAUUCAAUAUAAUAGCAAUUUACGCAAUGGUUUGAAUGAAUACAGCGUUACUGUAAAGCAGGAGAAAGUGUUCAACGCUUUCACAAUUAGACCCAAAAUAUGUACGGAUUUAUCGCAAUGUUUUGAUGUCAAUGAUAUCGGAGUAAAGGCCGACACGACUGGUCUGAUUCGAGUUUAUACCUUUAAUUUCGAUGCACUCGAAGACAAAACCACUCACAAUAAAGACACAGAUUUAAUAAAACUUGUCUUUUUUGUCGACUAUUUUAUGCCCGAAAACUUUAAACCCGAAGAAAACAUUAGCAUAACAUUUGACUUAAAACUAUUAAAUUUCGGCGAUCCUGUAUAUGAACGCACUGUUAGUGAGAUUCUUAAAUGUGAUAAAACGGGAACCAAUUUUGGCUAUAAAUCCAAUCCGACCAUGGACAGUCCCAAUCAUUGUGUUUGUAAUGAUGAUAUUUUCGACGUCUGUCCGACCAUCGAGUAUACUGUGACAGAACCUAAGGCUUUAAUGAAACUAACGGUACUAUAUUCAGAAGGUAGCGCUUCACCCGACAACCCAAUCGACACAUCCACUUAUAUCGAUGAAGUGCUUAAGAAAACACCGGAAAAGGGAAAUGCGUUCACGUUUUGUGUCAGCGAUUUACGUAAUAAACCACAGAAAACAUUCUCUAUCGUAAUAACGGCUGAGGCGACAGCAACUAAACCUGAAGAUAAAAAAUACGAUGCAUCAAGAUUGACAAUCACUAAAUUUACAGCAACCAAAAUACCCAUAAAUCGACCUAAUUUUAUACAAAACGUUGACAUUAAACAUAAACAAUACUGGACUCAACAGAAAUGGCACACAAUGUCUGUCGAAAAUAAUUUCAUUCCUUCACAGGAUAAGACUUCACACCAAUUGAAAGUCACUGUCCUUAAAACCGAGACACAACCGAUUGUAUCAUAUUUUAUUAGCGAUUGGAUUAAAACCAAGAAAUUGCUGCAACCAUUCCAGACGCUGCACAACAAAUAA